UUGCCUCAUUCCAGCAGCACAAGGAAAAACAAUCGCACACAAAAAUCGCUGAGAAACCCUAAUCGGAAAAUAUAUUUAGCUACUAUAUAAACCACCACAUUCGAACCAUCUUCUCCACCAAUCAGUUAUCAUUAAUCAAAGCAAUCGAAUCAUCUACCUCUCUCUCUCUCUUCUCACUCGCGAUUAAUCUCAUCAUUCUCGAUUUAAUUACUCUGUUGUUUUUGUGUUGUUAAUUUUAAUCCUUUUUUUUCGAAUUUUGUUUACUUGUGUUGAUUCUCUGUUUUGCAGGGUUCUUUUGUUUCUCUAAUUGUUUGAUUUUCCCGGUUUAUACGAAUAGAUUGUGUUUGUUUCUUUUUUUUUUCUGUGCUAACAAAUGGAAACAGGAAUGAUGAACUCAUCUGCAUCAUCGAGCAAGACUCGAUCGCGGUGCCCGCUUCAAGAACAGUUUCUGCAAAGAAGGAACUCCCAGGAAAAUUUGGAUCGGUUCAUACCAAAUAGAUCUGCAAUGGACUUCGAUUACGCCAACUACAUGCUCACGAAAGGUAAGGAAAAUCCAUCUGCAGCCUCUUCUCCAUCCAGAGAGGCGUACAGGAAGCAGUUGGCAGAAACUUUCAACAUGAACAGAACUCGAAUCUUGGCUUUCAAGAACAAACCGCCAACUUCAGUGGACCCCAUUCCGAGCGACUUUUCGACAGCCGCUCACCAAAUCAAAUCUGCCAAACCUCGAAGACACAUUCCCCAGACGUCCGAGAGAACAUUAGACGCCCCCGAAAUUAUGGAUGAUUAUUAUUUGAAUUUACUCGAUUGGGGCAGCAGCAAUGUUCUUUCAAUUGCUCUUGGACAAACAGUGUAUUUAUGGGAUGCUUCUGUGGGAGACACCUCGGAACUUGUUACAGUCGAUGAAGAAAGUGGUCCGAUCACAAGUGUCAAAUGGGCACCUGACGGACGACACAUUGCCGUCGGCCUUAACAAUUCCGAUGUUCAGCUUUGGGAUUCCACGUCUAAUAGACUUCUGAGAACUCUGAAAGGAGGACACGUGUCGCGUGUCGGUGCGAUGGACUGGAACAACCACAUCCUGACCACCGGUGGGAUGGACGGUCGGAUCGUGAACAACGACGUACGAGUGAGGGACCACGUAGUCGAAACUUACUCGGGCCAUCAUCAAGAAGUUUGCGGUCUUAAAUGGUCGGCUUCAGGGCAGCAGUUAGCUAGCGGCGGAAAUGACAAUCUCCUCCACAUAUGGGACAGGUCGAUGGCUUCUUCGAACGCUCCGACGCAGUGGCUCCACAGGCUCGAGGAGCACACGGCGGCUGUUAAGGCGCUUGCGUGGUGCCCCUUUCAGGCGAACUUGUUGGCUAGCGGCGGUGGUGGCGGUGACAGGUGUAUAAAGUUCUGGAACACGCAUACGGGUGCUUGUUUGAACUCGGUCGACACUGGCUCGCAGGUGUGUGCGCUUUUGUGGAACAAGAACGAGAGGGAACUGCUUAGCUCGCAUGGGUUCACGCAGAAUCAGCUCACUCUUUGGAAGUAUCCUUCCAUGGUGAAGAUGGCGGAGCUCACCGGGCAUACUUCUCGUGUUCUUUACAUGGCUCAGAGUCCAGAUGGAUGCACAGUUGCAUCUGCAGCAGGGGAUGAAACUCUGCGAUUCUGGAACGUGUUCGGUACGCCUGAAGUUGCUAAGCCUGCACCGAAGACAACUUCGGAACCAUUUGCUCACUUGAACCGAAUUAGAUAAAUGAUUUUUUGCUAUUGGAAGAAUGUUGUAGAUACUUAUACCAAAACUGAAGAAUUUUUUAAUUAUUAUUUUUUAAAUGAUUUCAGGAUUGAUGAUGAUGUAAAUUAUAUCAAUUGUAAUGGUUGUUUAGUCACUCCUCGUGACAAGAAGAGUUUCAUACUAUGAAUGAAUAAGAAUUGCUUUUAAUUUUUCA